AUGAAUAAAUUAACUAUUGAAUCCCAAUAGACAAGAUCUGCUCUAAAAGUCUAAUAACACAUAUUUAUUGAUUAAUCAGAGUUAAAAUCAUGUCGAAUUUGUCUUGAAACUGAACAAGAUAACGAUAAACCUAUAAUUCAUCCUUGUAAAUGCAAAGGUUCUCUUGGAUAAGUACAUGAAGAAGUAAGACUCUAUAUUUUAAAUGAGUGUCUUAAAACCUGGAUAGUUACAUAAAACAAAUAAUUAUUUACUUCGUGUGAAAUUUGCAAGAUCGAAUAUUAAAUUGAAUUUACAUCACGUAAAGUUUGUAUUCCUGUAUCAAUUUGAUUGUAUUUAGAGAGAAAAGCAUGUAAAUCAAAUUUAGAAAAUAUGAUUGCUUUAAUUUGUCUUCUCUUUAUAUUUCUUGGUUUUACAGCUCUCUAAGCCUUUCUGGUGGUUCAAAUGUAAUCUACUUAGUUAUAUAUAUUUAGUGUCAAUAUUUUUGAUGGAAACGAUAAAAAUAAUCAAUAAUCUAGUUUCUUGAAUAGUCCUAUUACUAUGAUUGGUAAAUAUUAUCAUUAUAUCAUUAUUUAGGAUUUGCUGUCAUAGUAUUUCUGUUUUUAGUUCCUAUUUUUUUGUGUCUACUUUAUGUCUUAAAAAAAAUGCUCUUUAUAACUAAAAUUAAAUCUUGGCAUAUUCUAGACAGAGUUUAAACUCCCCCUUUCGAAUAAUAAGGACAAAUACCUCAAUAAACAUUAUCGAGAAAUGCUUCUCAAUUAUUAUAAUAAUUACCAAAAUUAAAUUAAACUACUUCUAUUCUCAUAUAAGGAAAUGGUUAGGAUUACGAGCAUGUUUAAUUUAUUUGA